AUGAAUUCUGCUACCCUUGUUCAUCACCAUGAAGCUGACACACAGGCAAUAGCGAUAGCUAGAGAACACCCACUUGUUCUGAACCGCCUAGCAAAAAUCUUCCACUUCCUUGGCAAGCAAGAGAUGGCAAUGGCAGUCUGCAACAUGGCCUUAGAUGUGCUGCCAGAUCCAGUACUUAACUGGCAGGCAUAUUGCAUGCGCGCCAAGAUGCUGCUUAAACUAUAUUUGUGUGAUUUGGAUCGUGUGAAGGUGGGCCUGGGAGGAAUGCCAGACCAGAGAAACCUCUCUUAUGCCAAAGCUGAUCUCGAGAAUGUCAUGAAGGUGCAUCCAUGUCUGAAGACUUACCUUGACCUAGGCCAGGUAUGUUACUACAUGGGAGUAGAUGCCAUGCAGGAACUUUUACUUGUAGAUGAAAAUGCUGUGAACAAUGCCCUCGUGUUCUUUGCUAAAGCCAUGGAAUUAGAGCUGGGGAAUGUUUUGCCUGAAAUCCAGCUGCUGAGGGGCAAAUGCCUUCGGAUAAAAAAUGAAGACCUGAAUGCCAUGGAAUGCUUCAAGCAGGCAAUAGAGCUGGAUGAUGUGGGUUCUGUUUACACAGAGAGCUUCCGUUGCUUAAUGGAAAUGCUGCUUGCCUUGUUCAGUCAGAAGAGGAUAAAUACAGAGAUGCUGAUGAAGGAAGUAGAGUUGUGGGUGAAAAAGGCGGAGGAGAAAUAUCCCAAACAGCGAGUGCAGCAGGAGCUUAGGCUGGUGUGUCACCACUACACCGCUGAGGUGCUUGAGCUCUCCAAAGCCAUGGUGGCCAGAGGGAAGACUGAGCUGGUGAAAAUGCUCUUUGAGACCAUGAAGUGUGACUUUAACAAAGGUAGACGGAAUGAACGCUCACUCUCCUUCUGAAUGGGUGGUUUGAUUCAGCCACUUGGCAUAGCAAAAGGUUUAGCUCUCCCCAUAGUUUGUGGAAAGAAUUAUGAAAAGCUAUAUAAUAAAAUGUGAUGCUUUCUAGAGCACCCACCAAGUAUUAGUCUCCAUAUACAUGGAGGAGUCGAGGUAUGUGUGCUCAUAUUAAAAAAUGAGUGUGCUUACUUUUUUCCAAAGCAAAACAUUAAACAAGCACAAAACGUUUACACU